GGCGUUACCGGCGUAAAUAGGAUGAAGUUAUUGUGGGGACUAUGGAAACUCCCAAUGAGUCUGAAAGUUCAUUUAUUCCGUCGCAUUGUGGUGGAUAUGAUAACGAUUUUGAUCUCUACAGUGAACCAUGUGAUGAUUUAAAGGAUUUUGAUUAUAAUUCAUCUGAAGAUGAAUCAGAGCAUUCAGACGCAACGUACACAAAAGAACAUGUUACGAAGUCAACUCUAAACGCGAAUGACCUAUGUGAUAGGUCGUAUAACAGACCAAAGAGUAGUCUUAGUUUACGUUAUGACAGUGACAUAUUUGAAAAGAGAAAUAACAGAAGAGUACGUGCCAGAAGCUGUGAACCAAAGAAACGUGUAACAUUUGAGAAAACAGAUGAGGAUGAAGAAAUACAGGACUUUUUGUCAGCAUUUCAACGCAGUCUCAAAUUGCUGGGCCUAGAAACAAAUAAAUCCUAUACCACCUGUUAUAAGGCAACAAAUAAUUCUAUCAGCAGGCGGACACCAACACCACGAUUGUGUACAAGAUUGCAUGAACGCUCAUUAUCGUUGGCCAAUCUUAGGCAAGAUGACAUGUACACCAUGCUCAGAGAUCGUGAACUGUUGUCUAAAGCUGUUUAUGAGGAGUGGUAUUUUCGCAAGUUAAUGCAGGAGCGUGCAGCACGUGAGAGGGAGAGAAUGAAACAAAAACAGCAACAAGAGAAAUCUGAAAAUGUCCGCCAAAAAGCACAACUGGAGUUCCAGCGAUGGUGCAGUCAAAAGAGAGAGAAGGUUCAUGAACCGAAGAGUAAGAAACAUGAUGACACUCAGAUUGGACUUGCCACCACAAGUAAUCAAGAGAUCCGUGCAAAAGCAGAAUCUGCAUUCCAUCACUGGCUGCAUCAGAAAAGGAAGGCCCAAAUGAUGAGCAGAAAGGAGAAAAAUAAGUACUUAUUGGAGAACAAUGAAGAACAGGUUCAAAACAGCAAAAAACAACAGGAUUCUGAGAAGAGGGCUCAAGCUGAGGCAAGUUAUCGGGUAUGGAAACAACGUGCAGAUGAAGCACUCCAAGCAAAGAAUAAAGAGGAAGUCAUGAAGAGAAGGCAAAAGGCAGCCAAAGAGAGAAAAGAGAAGAUGGAAAAGGCGGAGGCAGCUCAGAAGGCAUUUUCUGCCUGGAAGACACUUAAGGAUACUGAAAUCAAAACCCAACAAGAAAGAAACAGGCGACGUAACCGAGUCAAGAUACAGAGAGAACAGAUGCGUGCCACAGAAAGACUGUACCAGGCAGAGCAAGCAUUUGAAGACUGGCUGGAGAGAGUGGAACAUAGGAAAAAAUUUGGCCGAUCAGGUCCUGUUUCACCUGUACCAUGGAAUCCAGGCGGAGGGCCAAUACAACUAACAUAACUUAUUUAGUGGUAUCAGGUUAAGAACAUAUCAGAACCAUUUCUCCAACAGAAAUUUUAUUCGAAAAAUUAAAAAAAAUUAAGAAUAAAUUUAUGAUUUUUCUGUUAUGUUAAUGUUGUUUUUUAAGUUCAUUCCUAAUUUCUUUGUUGCCAG